CAACCACCACUCGCCUCCAUCUCGCCGGAGAAGACCACACAACCAUGGCCGCCGCCGCCUCCACGCGGAUGGGAUUCUCUUCUCCGUUCGCGUGCCCGCAUCUCAGGCCCCCCCGCCACGCCAUUGCGGCGAGGCGAGGUCCCAGGAGGGCCGGGCUGGCCGUCUCCGCCGCCGGUGGGUCGCCUCCCACCGUGCUCGUCACCGGCGCCGGCGGCCGAACGGGCCAGAUUGUGUACAAGAAGCUCAAGGAGAGGGCGGAGCAGUUUGUGGGCAGAGGGCUGGUCAGGACCGAGGAGAGCAAGGCCAAAAUAGGGGGCGCCGCCGACGUGUUCGUCGGAGACAUAAGAGAUCCGGGGAGCAUUGCUCCUGCCAUCGAGGGCAUCGACGCGCUCAUCAUCCUCACGAGUGCGGUUCCAAAGAUGAAGCCAGGGUUUGAUCCCAGCAAGGGGGGACGCCCAGAGUUCUACUUUGAGGAAGCCUCUUAUCCUGAGCAGGUGGAUUGGAUUGGUCAAAAGAAUCAAAUAGAUGCUGCCAAGAGCAUUGGUGUAAAACAGGUGGUUUUGGUUGGAUCCAUGGGUGGAACAGAUGUCAAUCACCCACUAAAUAAAUUAGGAAAUGGCAAUAUACUGGUUUGGAAACGAAAGGCAGAGCAGUACCUGGCAGACUCAGGUUUACCAUAUACAAUUAUAAGGGCUGGAGGAUUACAGGAUAAAGAUGGUGGCGUGCGAGAGUUGAUUGUUGGGAAGGAUGAUGAAAUCUUGAAGACGGAAACAAAAACUAUUGCCAGGGCAGAUGUUGCAGAAGUUUGUUUACAGGCCUUGCUAUUUGAGGAGGCAAGGUUUAAGGCAUUUGAUCUGGCAUCAAAACCUGAAGGUGAAGGGGCACCUACAACAGAUUUUAGGGGUCUUUUUUCACAAGUUAAUAGUCGCUUCUAAGAAGAUAUAGUCAUUUCUCAAGCAAGGAUGACACUUGUGAUUGAAUAAUAUGAAAUGCGUAUUGAGUAAGGAGGCUCCUGAUUGAAGAACUCAGAAAAUUGCUGUCUGCUAGUCUUGGAGAACUAGUUAAAGUAGACAAACACUCACCUUACUGAUCAGCAAUUCAGCAGCCACAUCAUAUCCAGGUUCCUUGAGCAGAGAAUCCACAGACAAGUGAAAGAAGAGGAUCAUAGGCCAUGUUCUUUUCACCUGCUUAUAUAGAGAUUGUAUCAUCCCCAUGAAGGUCUUUAGAUUUGAGGAGUUAAUCUUCUUUGUUAAACCGGUAGUGAGACUAGUGUCGAUGUAAACUAAAAUCUUUGUAUGCAUCUUAGUUUUUUUUUUUUUUGGAUAUUCUUGAUGCAAAUCUGUAAUGCUCCGUACAUGUUUUGCGCCAAGUUGAGACAGAGCCCAGCUAGAAACAUGUGUCUUUUUAAAUAAAAAUAAUUCUAUAUUGUCAA